GACCCCAUUUGCAUAAUCUGUGGCUUGCCGAAGCAUGGCAGAUCUACCUGUCACAGGUGGUUCCGGCCUAUUUGCUCCGGCAGAUGGGAAGGACCCUGCCAGGGCUGGCGCCAGAGACGGCAUGGAGCAAUAUGUUGGGGUUGGCCAGGCAAAAGCAUGGCUGCAGCAAAACGAAGAGGCACUCCCCUCGCAACGUGCCUCACUGAAGCCGCUGGACUCGAGUCGCUUGCAGAGGAGCAGCCGCAGUCCUAAGCGCCCUGGCCAUUCUUUGGUCGUUCCGGUGGCCGCGACUGACUUGCCAGAGACGGAGGGUGUGGUGAAGCCACAUCGCUCCACGGCGGUGAGACUUCUGGAGGGCCUGGAGGGAAUUGAAACAAGUGAUUCUCUCAUCGACCUGCCUGCCGAGGCACGAGAGCCAAGCUGGGCUGCACCUUCCUUGCCCAGGGACGGCCCCGGUCGCCUGGGCGUCGGAAGCUGCUACGGAAGCCGCUCCGUGCCGGAGCUGGAGAAGAUGGAACCUGUGCGAGUGCUUCAAGCUUCGCCGGUGCUGAGUCGGAGGACGCUGCAUCCGACCAUGUGGGCUUCGCCGAGAGAGACGCGGGUGGCCCCUCCGCGCUUGUACUGGCCAACCAUGACUGGAAGGAGCAACGACAACACUGUGGACAUCACUUCAAAGCAACCUGUGCGGCUGCUGUCGCCGGCCGUGUCACGGAGGAACAUUGAGCCCGUCUCGGUGGCCGACAAGUUGUUGUCUCCCGCGGCGCCGUUCACCACUUCGGUGGCCUCGGUCCCGGUGUCGCCGCCCUUCAGCUGUCGAAGGGCUGCGGAGUCCUGGAAUCCACCCCCAAGGCUGAUCGAGCACGAUUUCUCUUGGCAACCUGACCAUGUUGAAACAAACGAGAGCUCGUUGGAGAAAGUGACCCGAGCUGUGCCAGAAGCUGGAUCUCCUGUGGUGCCCAGGUCUGCGAUGUCCCUGGCUGCGCCAGUGUUUCAGUCGUCGCGUGCCACCUUGGGAUCCACGUCAGAUUGGAAGAUCUCCUUCAAUCCAGUCGUGAAGAGGUCGAUCUUGACACCAGGAGCUCAGGUGGCGGUAUCUCCUCCAGUGAGGUCGUUCUUCCCGUCGUAUCCGAUGGCGCGAAAGCCAGCUGAAGCUCCAGUGGUCUUCAAGACACCUCCAGUGGUUGUCCGGUAUGUGAGACCGCCAAUUCUGUUGCAUGCAGUGCCUGCACAAACGCGGGCGCUCAGAAAACCUGACACUGCUCGAAUCGUGCAUGGGUCAGCGGCUCAAAGCGCAUUUAGCCCUGACCUUCCCGGAACUGUUGCGACACCUGGAAGGUCGGGAUCCUGGCGCCCACCUUAUGACCUUACCCCACUUCUCUACAUGAAAUCCAUGAAGAUUCUGGCCAUUUUGGCCCCGCUGGUGCUGGCGGAGCUGCUGGAGGACUCCUGCGGCAAAGCUGGCGGGUCGUCCAAAACGGCCGCCCUGCUGCAGCUGCCCAAUGUCAAUCAGAGCCAGAAAUUGACGAUCCACUCACUGGAUGAUGGGCUUCCCAUGGCCCGAGUCAUACCCUCUUGGUCCUCACCUCGAGCUGUGCAGCAUUUAUCUUCCCGCCAGAUAGGGCUUCUGCUGAGCUCUUUGUUGGUCUGUGUCAUAUUCAGUCACGUCUCCCACACGGAACUCAUCUCAUCCAUUUGCUCUUGGAUUGCUGCCAGUAUUUGUACAAACCUGCUGAACAAAGAGGCUGCAAGCUCCUUUUCCGCGAUGUGUUUGUUGGUGAUCAUUCAGAUGUGGAUUGCCAACGUGGUGGUGAUCUUAAUCCGUUUCGAUGACUUGCAGCUACCGAGUGCCAGGGAUUUCGUCCGUUGGCUGCCGGUGUCCUUCCUGGUAUCUGGCAUGCUGGGAACCUCCAUCUUCGCAUUGGAAGGUACAACAGUGAGCACCGUGAAUAUCAUUCGAAACGUGCUCCCCAUCGUGACAUUUAUCUUGGAGAAGAUCUUAUUCAAUAGUCCUCGACUGGUGAAACCCGGCCAUAUUUUGUCCAUGGUGCUGACGCUCUUUGGGACGACCCUAUAUGGAAUCUCCAACUUUUCUGUCACCACCUGGAGUUUGGUCAUGAUUUUGCUUGGGACGCUCCUGACAGUGGUCGACAAAUUACUACAGCGGCACUUGCUCAUGAGCCCUGAUUUCAAGCAGCCUUUGGCGGUUUGUAUGAUCAUGAACAACACCUUCGGGAUGCUUCCCUUGCUGCUGGUGGCGCUGAUGACGGGUGAAAGCAAGGUCUGGCCUCGGCUGCUAGAGGUUUCACCUUGGGGCACCUGGAUGACCCUGGUGGGCUCGGGACUUUCGGGCUGCUGCCUGGGGUUCUACGGCCUGGCGGUGUCCAGGCUGAUCACCGCAGCGUCCGUGCUGAUGCUGCAGAACAUGAGCAAGGUGCUGGUGAUUCUGCUCUCCGUGUUGCUGCUGGGCGACGAUUUGUCUGGUCUUUCGGCGCUGGGCUGCGUGCUGUCCAUGGUCGGCUCCGCGUGGUAUGGCUACGUGUCGCUCAGUGGGCGCCAGGCAGAAGCACUGCUGGAGGCGCGGGAGGCGUGUGGCCAAGGGCAGGUGAAGGAGGACGCGCGUGAACGUGCUGGGGGCGCCUGAACUGGGCAUCAAAUUUCGAGAU